AUGUUUGGUGAUAUCGGACAUGGUUUUUUACUCUUUCUUUUUGGUCUUUAUUUGGUUAUUUUUAAUGACUCAAUCUUAAAGGACCCAAAAAGUUCCUUUAGAGGUGCUUUAUAAAUCAGAUAUUUAGUACUUUUGAUGGGUUUCUUCGCUUUUUAUUGCGGUUUGAUUUAUAAUGACUUCCUUUCAUUGCGAUUGAACCUUUUCAAUUCUUGUUUUAGGAAUAGUCCUAAUUAGUGGGGGGAAUAUGAGAAAAUAAAUAAAGAUUGUACUUAUAUAUUUGGACUAGAUCCGAUAUGGGGAAAAGCGGAAAAUGAUCUCACUAUGGCUAAUUCAUUUAAAAUGAAGCUUGCAGUCAUUUUAGGGGUAUCUUAGAUGAUGUUAGGUAUUACUAUGAAGGCUUUUAACUCUAUUUACUUUAAAAAAUGGCUAGAUUUUUUCUUCGAAUUUUUGCCUUAAAUCGGGUUUAUGGGUAUUAUGUUUGGGUAUAUGGAUUAUUUGAUUUUCGCGAAAUGGAAUAUAGAUCAUUCAGUUGUUAAUAGCGGAAAAAAAAUAGAAGAUUAAAGAAUGCCGAGUAUUAUUACUACACUUAUAGAUAUGGCAUUAUCUUUAGGAGGUGUAAAAGAAAAAAACGGUGCUAUUUUUGAUAAAGGAUAAGGAAAAUCAGCCUAAGAAACAUUUUAAUUAAUAGCUUUAGGUAAUAAAUAAACAAAUAUUUUAUUAUUUUUAUUAAAAUAUUAAAAAGUUGUCGCUUUAUUAUGUGUACCUUUAAUGUUAUUUCCAAAACCUAUAAUAUUGAAUAUUCAAAAUAAGAGAAAACAAUAAUAAAAUGUAAGUAAUAAUAAUUCAUUUGAAAAUUCAGCUUAAUAACCUUUAAUUAAAGACAUUGAAUUAGUAAAAGAUCUUGAAAAUACACAAAAGGAAAAAAUGGAUAAUAAAUAACAUCAUAAUGAAGAAUUUUCUGAAAUAUUCGUACAUUAAAUUAUAGAAACUAUUGAAUUUGUACUCGGUUCUAUUUCAAAUACAGCCUCAUAUUUACGUCUUUGGGCACUUUCACUCGCACAUUCUUAAUUAGCAAAUGUUUUUUUCUAAAAAAGUAUAUAAGGCUUCCUUGAAUCAGGAAAUAUUUAUGCUCUUGUUCCAGCUUAUUUUGUAUUUGCUAUUAUUACUUUAGGUGUAUUAAUGGCUAUGGAUGUCAUGGAAUGCUUUUUACAUGCACUUAGAUUACAUUGGGUUGAAUUUUAAAACAAGUUUUAUAAAGCUGAUGGGUAUAUUUUUAAUCCUUUAAGUUUCGAAAAACAAAUAUAAUUUUAUAUCGAAAAUGAAGAAAAUUAUUGACUUUUUUAUUUACAUUUUAUUAUUUAUCAAACAGAAAUAUUUUUAG